GAGCUCUUAUCUUGUCCUCCCGAGGUAUGCUGAGGGCCGUGCCAGCCUGCCUAUUUGCCUGGCCUGUUUUCUCUCACUGCCAGUACCUCUUGGAUUCCAAUUCCAAACAUGGUAUCCCUCCGGGGUCACCCUUUCUUCCGGUGCCAAGAGAGCGCGCAUUCCAAAUGGAACACAAGUGUGGCUGUCCUGCUGGCUCUCCACCCCUCAUUCUGCCCGGGAACGACAGGGAGCAGGAUGUGGCUGCUUCGUCCGCGUUGCUGAAGUCUCUGGCGUCUCGGUCCUACUUUCUCUCAGGACGGUGUGUCUGUUUUUUCGCUAAGAACUAAACAUGAAGACUAUCCUGAGAAAAUCAGAGCCAGCGACGUUUACCGGAGUGCUACAGGGAGGACCAGAGCUUUGCUGAGAGACAGGAAAAAAGAAAAACAAACAAACAAACUUAGGUUUUCAAGCUUCCACGAAGAGUACCAUGUUCUGCCAUUCUUUCUCAGAGCCACCGGAAGCAUCCGUGCCAGCAAAGGUAGAGUUGGUGGGGAGGACAGAUUAAUUGAUUUCCUUUCCGUUUUUCUUUGCGGGGACCAUAUCGGAGCUCAGAAAGGCCUGGAGAGCCUCGGCAAUGAGUGCCAACAGCAGCACGGUGGGCGAGCUCCUCUGGCACGGGCCGGUGUGCAGUGGUUGGAAGCAGGCUUCGGAGGGUGCCGUCUACCACCUGGCCAACUGCUUCCUGCUCAUGGGCUUUAUGGCAGGCAGCGGACUGUACGGAUGCUUCUAUCUCUUCGGCAUCCUGGGCCCAGGCUUCCUCUGCUGUGUGCUGUGGGGCUGGUUUGACGCCUGUGGGCUGGACAUCGUCCUCUGGAACGUCCUCCUGACAGUGGCGUGCCUGCUCCAGCUGGCACACCUGCUGUACCGCCUGAGGGCGGACACCUGCCCCGAGGAGUUCAGCCUCCUCUACAAGACACUGUGCCUGCCCCUGCGGGUGCCCCCGCAGGCCUACAAGAAGAUCGUCCACUGCUGCCACGAGCAGGUCUUCACGCUGGCCGCAGAGCAGACCUACGCCGUGGAGGGCGAGACCCCCAUCAACCGCCUGUCCCUGCUCCUCUCUGGCCGGGUUCGAGUGAGCCAGGAUGGGCAGUUUCUGCACUACAUCUUUCCAUACCAGUUCAUGGACUCUCCUGAAUGGGAAUCACUGCAGCCUUCCGAGGAGGGGACCUUCCAGGUCACGCUGACGGCUGAGACGGAAUGUAGCUACAUUUCCUGGCCCCGGAAAAAUCUUCACCUUCUCCUGAACAGAGAGCGAUACAUCUCCCGCCUCUUCGCGGCCCUGCUGGGCUACGACAUCUCCGAGAAGCUCUACAACCUCAACGACAAGCUGUUUGCCAAGUUUGGGCUGCGCUUUGACAUCCGCCUCCCCAGCCUCUACCAUGUUCUGGGUCCCUCAGCCUCAGAUGGAGGACCAGAGUCCGAGAAAGAUGAGGAAGAAGUCUUUGAGGCGGCUGUGUCCCCUGCUCAGGCCAGGCCCAUCUGCAUCCUGCCAACACCCCCUUGCUCCCCACCUCCAGCUACCACCAACGUCUCUGUGCCUCUGUCCCGGGCCAGGAUGCCCAGGCCUGACAGUGGCACCCUGGGUGAGGACUCCACCAGUCUGGUGCUGGAGGAUUUUGAGGAGGUUUCGGGAUCAGAGUCGUUUAUGGAUUAUAGGAGUGAUGGGGAGUACAUGAGGUGAGGGCGGAACUAACAUGGGCACAGUCACCGGCUCAGGAGCCUACCUUCUAGAAGUCCUCUCCAGAACUCUUCUCAAGUCAUGUCCAGAGCACAGGCCCCUUUGGCUCCAACUCACACCCCUGAGCUCUAAGGAUCACAGAGCUGCUGCCUCUGUGGCCAGGUGGCCCUUUUCCAUGUUCCCUGGACGGCCACUUGUACUCACGUCCCUCCUCCCACCCUCCAGAAAGAUCUGGGGCAGGAAGGGAAAUGGACAUGCCAUGCCAGCACCACAUCUGCCCCGGGGGUGUCCUGGAGAAACUCACCUUCUUAAACCUUCCUUCUGGGAGGAGGGGUCCAGAGGCACCGGUCCCGACUCCAUCUUUUAUGGAGUCGCAAGACCUUGGCAAGUUACACGGCCUCUGAGCCUGGUCUGUUAGCGUGGCUACGAAGUGAUGUCACAGGGUUGUCGUGAGGAUCCUGCGAGCUGAUUGGGUAAAGCACCUAUGACGUGGCAUGGCAUCGCACAAACACUCAAUAAAGCACUCCACGCCC